AUGGCGGCCACCAAGGUGGCUUUAACCAAGAGAGCAGAUCCAACUGAGCUUAGCACAGCAUUUUUGAAGUAUGCAAGCGUUGAAAAAAAUGGUGAAUAUUUUAUGUCUCCCAGUGAUUUUGUCGCUCGAUAUUUGAAUCUUUUUGGAGAAAGCCAGCCUAACCAGAAGACUGUGGAGCUGUUGAGCGGUGUAGUGGAUCAGACCAAAGAUGGGUUAAUAUCGUUUCAAGAAUUUGUAGCUUUCGAGUCUGUCUUGUGUGCCCCGGGUGCCUUGUUCAUGGUGGCCUUUCAGCCGUUUGACAAAGCGGGCAAAGGCGAGGUGACUUUUGAGGAUGUCAAGCAAGUGUUUGGACAGACCACAAUUCAUCAGCAUAUUCCAUUUAACUGGGAUUCAGAAUUUGUGCAACUACAUUUUGGAAAAGAAAGGAGAAGGCACCUGACAUAUGCAGAAUUCACUCAGUUUUUGCUGGAGAUACAGCUGGAGCACGCAAAGCAAGCCUUUGUGCAACGGGACACUGCCAAGACUGGAAAAGUCACUGCCAUUGACUUCCGAGACAUCCUGGUCACCAUCCGCCCCCAUGUGUUGACACCUUUUGUAGAAGAGUGUCUAGUAGCUGCUGCUGGAGGCACCACAUCUCCUCAAGUUAGUUUCACCUACUUCACUGGAUUUAAUUCGCUGCUUAACAACAUGGAGCUUAUUAGGAAGGUGUACAACACUCUAGCUGGCAACAGGAAAGAUGUACAGGUGACCAAGGAAGAGUUUGCUCUGGUGGCUCAAAAAUUUGGUCAGGUUACACCCAUGGAAGUUGACAUUCUAUUUCAGUUAGCAGAUAUAUAUGAACCAAGGGGACGUAUGACCUUAGCAGACAUUGGUCGGAUUGCUCCUCUGGAAGAGGGAACUCUUCCUUUCAAGUUAGCUGAGGCCCAGAGGCAGAAGGCCUUGGGUGAUGCAGCUCGGCCAGUUCUCUUACAAGUUGCAGAGUCAGCCUACAGGUUUGGCCUGGGUUCUACUGCUGGAGCUGUGGGAGCUACUGCUGUGUAUCCUAUUGACUUUGUAAAAACUCAAAUGCAGAACCAACGCCCAACUGGCUCUUUUGUGGGAGAGCUCAUGUAUAAAAACAGCUUUGACUGUUUUAAGAAAGUACUACGUUAUGAAGGCUUCUUUGGACUGUAUAGAGGUUUGCUGCCACAGUUACUGGGCGUUGCCCCAGAGAAGGCCAUAAAACUUACAGCGAAUGAUUUUGUGAGGGAUAAAGGUAUGAACAGAGAUGGUUCGGUCCCGCUUGCAGCAGAAAUUCUUGCAGGAGGUUGUGCAGGAGGUUCCCAAGUGAUUUUCACAAAUCCUUUAGAAAUUGUUAAGAUCCGUCUACAAGUGGCUGGAGAGAUCACCACCGGUCCCAGGGUCAGUGCUCUGUCUGUUGUCCGGGACCUCGGCUUCUUCGGUAUCUACAAGGGAGCCAAAGCAUGCUUUCUGCGGGACAUUCCUUUCUCGGCCAUCCACUUCCCCUGCUAUGCUCAUGUGAAGGCUUCCUUUGCAAACCAAGAUGGGCAGAUCAGCCCUGGCAGCUUGCUCUUAGCUGGUGCUAUAGCUGGUCUGCCUGCAGCAUCUUUAGUGACCCCUGCUGAGACGAGAUUGCAGGUGGCUGCCCAGGCUGGCCAAACCACUUACAGCGGAGUGACCGACUGCUUCAGGAAGAUACUGAGGGAAGAAGGCCCGGAAGCCUUGUGGAAAGGAGCUGGGGCUCGUGUACCUCAGUUUGGUGUCACUUUGCUGACUUACGAGUUGCUGCAGCGGUGGUUCUACGUUGAUUUUGGAGGAGUAAAACCUGUGGGAUCUGAGCCAGUUCCUAAAUCCCGGAUGACUCUGCCUGCUCCCAAUCCUGACCACAUUGGGGGUUCCAAACUGGCAAUUGCCACCUUUGCAGGAAUUGAAAACAAAUUUGGACUUUACCUACCUCUCUUCAAACCAUCAGCAUCUACCUCAAACGUGACCAGUGGAGGCCCGUAA